AUGCCGUCUUGCAGCGUUUCACUGGGUCUACUGGUCUUACUGGGGGGCGUGCUGGCUUACGCUCUGCCGUUUCAGGCCAUUUCAGAAAAUCUAAAACGAAGUCACGAGACCAUCGCAACUGAUCUGGGCCUGACGCAGCUGGACGUCAACAGAGAUCCUCUCUUCGAUUUCGUCAUCAGAACCAUCAACACCUCCUGCCAGAGAAAAGAAGACAUACAGCUGAUGAACGCCACUCUGGACGUCUACAUGCGAAUCUUCUCGUAUGUCCGGCAUCACCACGGCAAACACCUGCUGGACAAGCUGUCAGAGUCGAAGCGGACCGAAGUGAAGGAAAUUCUGAAAAAUCUGGAGAAUAAGGCGAAGGAGCUGAAAAGCCGACUGAUUUGUCAAAAUCAAAACAUAGAGGAUGCACUCAGCGAGCUGGAGAGAAUCAAGGUAACAUUCUUUUUUUUUUUUUUGUGUUAUGUGGACGACCCCACGGUGCAGAAAAAGGCUCUGGCUCAGUUCCUACAGAUCUACCAGGCAGCUUCUGUUGUGGCAGAAUCCCAGGCUGCCUCUGCAAAGGGAUACCCGUACGCUCUCACACCUGAGCGUCCUCACCUUCCUGUUUUCCGUUUCUUCAUCUGCUUCGUCUUUUCUGCUCGAUGGCGGCAGCAGCAGCAGCCGCCGUCAGACAACUGA